AUGGCGGGGAGGGCGGCCGCCUCGGGCACCGCUGUCCUGCUGGUCACGGCCAACGUGGGCUCGCUCUUCGACGACCCAGAAAACCUGCAGAAGAACUGGCUUCGGGAGUUUUAUCAGGUCGUCCACACCCACAAGCCCCACUUCCUGGCCCUGCACUGCCAGGAGUUUGGAGGGAAGAACUAUGAGGCCUCCAUGUCGCACGUGGACAAGUUUGUCAAACCUCAGGUCCUUUUGCAGAGCCCCCCCUCAGUCUCCUGGAGCGCAGAGCAGCCGCUGGACUUUCUGAAUGGGAAGCUUGUGGCCCUGGGAAGCUUCUAUUUCCUCCACGAGUCUCUGAAGAGCAUCCACCAGUUUGACUUCAGAGCUAAGAAGUACAGAAAGGUCACCGGCAAGGAGAUCUACUCGGACACGCUGGAGAGCACGCCCAUGCUGGAGAAGGAGAAGUUCCCCCAGGACUACUUUCCUGAGUGCAAAUGGUCCCGGAAGGGCUUUAUCCGGACGAGGUGGUGCCUUGCCGACUGCACCUUCGACCUCGUGAACAUCCAUCUCUUCCACGAUGCGUCCAACCUUGUGGCCUGGGAGACGAGCCCGUCCGUGUACUCGGGGAUCCGGCACAAGGCUCUUGGCUACGUGCUAGACAGGAUCUGCGACCAGCGGUUCGAGAAAGUGGCGUACUUCGUCUUUGGUGAUUUCAACUUCCGCCUGGAUUCCAAGUCUGUGGUGGAGACCCUCUGCACAAAAGCUACCGUGCAGACUGUCCGUGCCGCCGACACCAACGAAGUGGUGAAGCUGAUAUUUCGUGAAUCGGACAAUGACCGGAAGGUGAUGCUGCAGCUGGAGAAGAAGCUAUUUGACUACUCCAACCAGGACAUCUUCCAGGACAACAACGGCACCGCGCUCCUGGAGUUCGACAAAGAGCUGUCCGUCUUCAAAGACAGACUGUACGAACUGGACAUCUCGUUCCCCCCCAGCUACCCCUACAGCGAGGACUCCAGCCAGGGCAGGCAGUACAUGAACACCCGCUGUCCUGCCUGGUGUGACCGCAUCCUCAUGUCCCCAGCUGCCAAGGAGCUGCUUCUGAGGUCGGAGAGCGAGGAGAAGGUGGUCACCUACGACCAUAUCGGGCCCAGCAUCUGCAUGGGGGACCACAAGCCCGUGUUCCUGGCCUUCCGGAUUGCGCCCGGGGCAGGUAAACCUCAUGCGCCCGUGCACAAGUGUUGUGUCGUGCAGUGACGUGUGGGAGGCGAUGCCAGCGCAGCACCGAGAAGCCCCUGCCAGAGACCACCCUGUAGUGAGCAGGAGACAGACGGAGCAGCACCCUGAACACGGCU